AUGUCAAAAAAUAGUAAAUAUGCUGUAUGGCUUGUAAAUAAAGGGCAAAUAAACCCAAAUUUCCAUUAUGGACCAUAUGUUCAAGAUUGGUGGCUCCAAAAUUUUAAAAUUUCAAAUAACAGUAGAUUAACUCUUCCUUUUCGUCUUAAUAUGAGUGUGAUAACUCAAAUAAACAGUCAUGAAUUUACUUUAUUUAUUGUUAACAAACCAUCAAACCUCUUGCAACCCGGUUUUUUAUGUUCUGUAAAAGAAAAAAUUAUUGAUAUAUAUGAUACACCUUCAGAAGCUAUCAACUCAUUAUAUUGGGAAUUAUUUGAAACUCAAACUGAGCAUUUGGGUUUAGCUGUCUUUGGGUUUUAUAAUGAAGAAAUUGUAUCAGAAAUACUAACAGAUAUUUUAUUUUUUCCAUUAUAUAUAAAGGUUAACAACAAAAUUACUGUAGUAGUUUCAAGAAUUAGUUACUCUUCACGGGAGGAACUUUUAUAUGCUGGAUCUGGCUAUACAUCAUCUUUAGUAAUGUGUCGUGGUUCAGAAACUUACCUUAUCCUACAGCAAGUUUUAGAAAAUCACUGUAGUUUACGGGUCUUUAAGGGCAAAAUCGAAAUACAUCAAUAUGUUGGUGAAACACCAACUGCUGUUUGGAUAAAAUAUGGAAUGCAUCAGAACAAGGACCAUUUUGCACUUUUUGGGCUAAAAGAUCUGAAU